ACCAGUUUCUGUUCUGAAUUAGACGGUGAUUUUAGAAGAAAAAAAUUAUUAAUUAAUAAAAUGAAGGUUUUAGUGCUCAUUGUCGCUGCAUUCGUUGCUGUUAAUGCUCAAACAGCAGACCAAAAAGAAAAGGUUAAGCACCAUGUUAAGGUUUGUUCAGAAAAGGUUGGAAUUCCAGAAGAUGAAGGCAAAAACUUGGUCUAUAAAGUAAUCACUGAUAAUAAGGAAUCAUACCAGUGCUUUGCUAAGUGCUUUUUAGAACAAUCAGGAUUCACUGAUGCUGCCGGUAACUUCCAAAGACAAGUAAUCUUCGACAAACUCAGCAUUGCCCUUGGAGGUACAGAAGACGCUGAAGUUGUCACCAAUCUCAAUGAACUCAUUGACACAUGCACAAAGUUGACUGGAAGUGGAGAAUGUGGGACUGCUUUUGAAGUACAAAAUUGCUAUUGGAGAAAGAUUCAUGGACAUUAAGCAAAUAAUUAAGAGUACAAUCUGAAGUUCACUUGACAAAUGUUUAGUGAUUUGAAUAAAUAAGCUAAAGAAGCCUUUAGCUAAUAAAGAUGAAUAAUUAAUUUUUGAAAAUUAA